CAUUGAAAGACAGGAGAGGAGUGUUUAGUUACAAAAGCAGUCAGUAAUUCAGUCAGCAAAUAAAAUAAAAAUUAUCUAUAUUCAGUCAGCAAAUAAAAAUUGUUCAACUUGGUUGCUAAUGGGACCCACUCUACUGAGACUUUGUGUAGAACUCAUAGAGGAAGAUGGCUUCAAGUAACGAACUACCCUGUGCUUUUCUUAGGACUAAAAAAUUCAGGAAGCUGGUGAUGGAUGAAAACCUUAGUCCCACUGGCACUGCACGAGGGGCCAGGAGAGCAGCAGCCUCAUAAGCCACAGGGGACAGCCCUGAGUUUGACCAGCAACAGGGGUCAGUGUGCCCCUCGGAGUCCGAGAUCUAUGAGGCUGGAGCUGGGGACAGGAUGGCAGGAGCGCCCAUGGCUGCUGCUGUACAGCCUGCUGCAGUGACUGUUGAAGUUGGUGACGAUGUCCACAUGCAUCAUAUCCAUGACCAAGAGAUGCCUGAAGCUUUGGAGUUUAAACCUUCUGCCAAUUCAGAGGCAAGCACAAUAUUCCACGGGAACUCUCAAACAGAUGCUUUGGAGUUUAACCCUUCUGCCAAUCCAGAAGCAAGCACAAUAUUCCACAGGAACUCUCAAAGAGAUGUUGUAGAAAUAAGAAGCAGCAACUGUACAAACCAUGUAUCUACUGUGCAUUUCAGUCGACAAUACAGCUCAUGUUCGACAAUAUUCCUUGAUGACAGCACAGCCAGCCAGCCUUAUCUUACAAUGACAAUAAUAUCAGAUGCAGAUGGAUCUUUGAGCAUAUUUGAUGAGCAGUUAUACUCAUUUACGGUGGAGUCUCUCUGUAGCCCAGGCUGGAGUGCAGUCAUGUGAUCUCGGCUCCCUGCAGGCUCUGCCUCCCAGGUCCCUGUUCAAGCAGAAACCUGAACCAAACGAACAAGUUCAACAUCAUCAGUAAGAAGAACUAUCAGUGCCAUAACUCUGAUGGAAUGCACGGGGAAGGAUUCCACAUCAUUUUUGUACUGUAAUGGCCAAAAGUGCAUAACUUCAGUCCAGUCAUGGAAAUACAUCAGACAAACCCAAAUCGAGGAACAUUUGACAAAUACUGAUCAGUACUGGUUCAAAGUGUCACGGUUAGGAAAGAUAAGGAAAGACUGAGGGACUGUCACUGCAGUCCUACAAAAUGGCAAGAGACUAAGAAAUAACUAAAUGCCCUGUGAUCCUGGGUGGCAUUUGGGAACAGAAAAAGGACAUUAGUGGAAAAAGUGGUGAAACUCCAAU